AUGGGAGGGUGUGUGGCGUCUGUGCUGGAUACGCGGAAUCAGUGGAGCCUCGUCGACUUCCGCGAGUACCAGGAAUACAUGCAGCUUGGGAGGCAAUCUGAGCCCGUUCCGGAGACGGAGAAGGCCAACGCUUCCGCCAUCUAUCGCAUAAGCGGAACCUCGGACGAGCAACACAAGAAAGAUGUUGAAAGUUUCUACCAUUUUGAGACAACAUCGCAGCGAGUGUACAAAAUAUGCAAGGAACGCGGCGAUAAGACGGCAAUGACAUAUCGUGUCUUAAAAAAUAUGGAGUACACCACUUCAACCGAUACCUAUGGCAAUGAAAAGAAGCUUGAGGUAUACGUGUUUGAGCCAAAGCGUCGCAACAUAAGCUAUACUCAACUGUGGGAAAGGAUUGAAAACCUGGGAAAGGGAUUGACUGAUAUUGGACUUAAGAAGGGACAAAUGGUAGCAAUAUAUGAGGAAACACGAUGGGAAUGGUUUUGUUCUAUUCACGCCAUUUGGUCUCGUCACAUGAUCGCGGUGACAGUGUACGCCAACUUGGGUGAAGGAGCUCUUGCGUAUGCACUCGAAGAAACCCAGUCUGGAGUUAUUAUCUGUGGCGGAAAUAAAGUUGCCAAACUCAUACGGACAUUGAAACAGGUGGGUAUACGUGAGUCUGUUAUUAUUUAUCUUGAUGAACUUCCUGAGGGCACGGACACUGCAGGUUAUGUUUUGUACUCUUGGACAGAUUUGCUGAAAAGAGGUGAGGCAAGCAAGGCUCCAGUUGCGAAUCUUCCUGCUUCUGAGAACUGCGACGAUCUCGCGCUUAUCAUGUACACAAGCGGCACCACAGGGAAUCCGAGGGGCGUUAUGCACUCUCACGGAAGCAUUGCUUCAGGAUUCUCUGCGUUGGCUUUCCGUGUACUGGACGUUCUUGGCGAGAAAAAGGAAUCGGAAACGUACUGUUCGUAUUUGCCGCUUGCCCAUAUUAUGGAGCUUGCCGUGUUGAGUAUUCUCUUUUUUCGUGGAUGCAUGAUUGGGUUUGGCAGUCCACGAACGCUAACAAGUGCUUUUGCCAAGCCAAGAGGAGAUUUUGAGGAGUACCGUCCUGUCUUUAUCGUCGGCGUUCCACGUAUUUUUGACACUAUUAAACGAGGGGUGGAGGCCAAGUUACCCCCUCCAGGCACUUUUAAGCGUAAUAUCUUUGACCGUGCGUACCAAUCCCGUCUCAAGGCCUUAAAAGAGGGCAAAGACACACCGUACUAUAACGCCACGGUUUUUGCACGGGCCCGUGACGCGGUUGGGGGCCGUACACGUCUGUUCUUCUCUGGUGGAGGGCCCAUGAAUCCCAAUACGCAGGAGUUUAUGAGCGUUGUAUUCGGUAUCAUGGUUCAAGGAUGGGGACUCACCGAGACAGCCUCGUGUGGUGGCGUACAGCUCCCGGGUAAUUUUGAGUAUGGGAGUGUUGGCCAACCACUCAAAUCACUGGAAUUUAGGCUACUUGACACGGAUGAGUAUAAGCACACAGACAAGCCAGAGCCUCGCGGGGAAAUCCUGGUGCGUGGACCCUUUCUCUUUAAGGGGUAUUAUAAGCACGAAGAACAAACAAGGGAGGCUCUUGACGAGGAUGGUUGGUUUCACACAGGGGAUGUGGGUGCCAUCACAUCGAACGGAACAAUCCGCAUUGUGGGACGCACGAAGGCUCUUGUAAAGAAUUCCAACGGUGAAUAUAUUGCUCUGGAGACACUAGAGGCGAUAUACGGAGAAAGUUCUCUUAUUACACCUAACGGUGUUUGCGUACUGGUUCAUCCCAGCCGCAGUUAUAUAGCUGCUUUGGGGCUUACCACAGAGGGUCUUGCAAUGAAAUUUGCCAAGGAAAAUAAAAUCUCCGGAAGCUUUCCUGCCAUUCUUGAAAACGAAGAGUUUCGAGCAAAGGUGACACAGUCGUUUCGGGCGACGGCGCAAAAAGCUAAUCGCAAGAGCUUUGAGGUGAUACGCCAUGUGCGUUUGUUGGCAGACGAAUGGACUCCUGAAAACGACAUAUUAACAGCAGCGUUAAAGUUGAAGCGGCGCGUUAUCGAAGAGCGCUACAAGGACUUAAUUGGGGAAUUGUUUGCCGAAGAUUUAUAG